UCCUUUUUAUUUUUUUUACUUUUUACCUUCAAAUACCAGAAUGCUACCCUCCAUUUCGAAUCUAUUAAUUUCUCCACCUGUUAUACAGCUACAAGUCACAACUCCACCUACUGAGUGUAGCCUGCCACCUCUUGAAGGCGAUGAUCCACCGCAAAGAUUACGGUUACCAUCCUGCCCACUUUCACCCAAAAUUCCGUUCUGGAACAGUCCUACACCGAGCUGCUCAUCUACCAGCAGCAUUGUGUCGUAUGAUGAAGCGAUUGAGCCUAAGCCUAUCCCGAAUACCCAAAUUGUUUUUGAUUCAACGGGGCAAGCUGUUCUAAAAAGAAGACGGGGUCGACCCCCCACGUGUAACACCAGUUACGAAACGGGAGGAUGGACCUUUUUAACACCCACCGUGUGGGACAUUCAUGUUUCGCAAGAACAGAAAGAACGAGAAAUCAAGGCAGAUCAUGACACCAUGCUCAGAUUAAGCCAGCAAGUACAUGUCAUUGAUGAUAAUAUGAAUGAUUCCAUGAACGCCUUCACAGACUCCAAUAUGGACACCUUGCUACAAAUGCCUCGAAAGAAGCGAGGCAGAAAACCUAAAACACAUAUCGUCGGCAACUCUUGUUUUGUCUGGAAGGAUUUAACCUGUACAAGAUCCACUAUCAAAAAGUAGAACAACACCCUUCCUCUAUAGCUAAUUAACUUUACAUUUACACUCAUUUGUACUAUAUAUGAAAAUUAUGGAAACCCCGGAAAUCAAAGAAUCACUUGUAACACAAUAUGACAAACCUAUUAUCUAUUAUGCCCCCCCUCUUAUUUUUAACCAUGUACAUAUUCAACCGCAUCCAUUUUUUUUUUCUAUUUUCUACU